GGGCACACAAGUGACAAGAAACAAGAGUUUCCAACGGCUUCCAGCUCUCGAACACUCGCAUGUUCAUGAGCAAAAAAGAGAGAAAAAGGUUAUCAGAAGUGUGGGAUGGUUGGAAGGAAAUUUCUGCAGAGAACAAAAACGGAAUACGGUAAAAAAUUGGAUAAAAAAAAGACUUCUACCAGUUUCCAUAUUUGGAAGGUCCAUGUUCAAAUUGAGAAAUGGAGUGAUGCCAUGAUGAGACAACCCUCCCCCCCUUCUUUCUGUGAGCAUAUAAAAUAGAACUAAACCCCAUAUUUUUUUUCUGUAUAUUUUUUUUCACCCACAGCUCAUCCAUCUUUCACCCAACUUUAAACGGUGGUUGUUUCAUAUCAUCUGUUUUUUCUUUCUUUCUGCCCAACUUUAUCCGUUUGAAGGGGAUCAGUUUUCGUCAAUGUCUUUUACCAUAUUUCCACGUCAUCGUCGAUACGGUCCUUCCACUUGGUCCAACAGUAGCAGUGGCACGUCAUCCCCGUCCGAUGGCGAAGAUCUUUCCCCCAUCCAUGACGAAGAUCUGCCCAUCAAUAUCACACCGUCCGAUACACCCGUCGAAAGUGCGUCUUCUCCCGUCACCGACGAAAGCGACGGUGUUCCCGCCGUUCAUCAUUCGCCGCAGAAAAAACCGUCCGUGUCACCUCACGUCAAGGAAGGCGUGGCCAAGACAUUGCAGAAAGAAAUUGAACUGCUUCCCAAGCGAUUGCUGAAAUCGUCUUUGAGAUGCACGCAAUCCGCGCCCUCCACCCCGACCCAUGCAAAAUCGGUUAAAUUUGAUCCCGUGGCUUUGGAGCGCAUUUUAUUUUUUCAGAAGACGCAGAUGCCUUCGGAGCUAAAGUCGGAUGCCUCGGCUCCCAUGUUUCGUUUGCAAUAUGUGAACUGGCCACCUCGCGAAACCACCGAUUACUAUGCGAAGAACGUCGUGGUGGACAAGAAUUUCAAGGUUCAAAAUGACAAUGCCAUCAAAGGCACCGUUCACGUGCGAAAUUUGGCCUACGAAAAACAUGUCGCGGUUCGGUACACGCUCGAUUGUUGGCAGAGUUAUCACGACACGAAAGCCGACUACGAAGGUCCUGCGGGCGGUACUUUCAAAGGAUUCGACACGUUUGUGUUCAAGCUGGACCUUGAUACAUCCAAGCUGGCCGAUCGAGGCCACGUAAGAGGCACCGUUGAUUUCGCGGUGCGAUACACGAUCCACGGCCAAGAUCAUUGGGAAAACAAUGACGGAGGCGAUUACGAAAUUAAAAUUCUCGCCAAUGCUGUCAACCAAUCUGACGGCUGGGAAAAAGCAUCGAAAAAGGAAAUAUUCAGUGAAGAAUUGCCAGACACAGAACCCGUACGUAAACAGCCCCUUCUCGCAAACCGCUAUGAUUUCGGGCAAUCAUUAUCCAAAGCCAAGAGAACGACCUCCCCUUCCUUUUAUUACCAGCGUGCGAUACCAUCCUCCACAGCGGCCACCGACAUCCCCUCCUCCCCGCGAACAACACCUUCCACCACCACAACAGUAUCACAGACCGAAACACCCAACGCAGCAUCCACCGUUCCAGCCACCUCUACAUCCACAUCAUUUCCAUCUUCAUUUCCGUCGUCAUCUUCUGCUCCUGCUCCUGCUCCUGCUCCUGCUACAAAAGCCGAGGUGGUCAAUGCGAUUGUCAAUCGUUCGAUACCGAUUUCUUCCCCUUCUGCAUUCACGUCUGCGCCUGCCAGCCCCACGUUCUCGUCCUUUGGAUUAUCCAGUUCCCCUCUCGAUGUCAACUCACCUUCCUACAUGGACCUUGUCAACAAGUACUGUUUCUUUGGAGCCGGUCACACAGGGUCGCCCAUGCCUAUCAAUGGUUAAGAAUGCCUUCCAAUUCAAUCUCCAAAGGCCGCAUUACAAUUGUAGAUAGAUAAAACUAGCCAAACAAAACAAAGAAAUUAACUUGAUUUGUAAACCUUGAUCUCUCUUUUUUAUAUUUCUCUUUGCAUUAAAAAACCUUCAGUGACUUUUUAAAAGC